AGCACGUAUGAAAAAGAAAAUGAUAUUUCCUUUCCUAUAUCUAAAAACACAGUAAUCCCUCGUUCUCUGCUUGUGAUUUUUGUUAGAAUACAGCUUCUUCAGCUUACAGUGUUUUUAUUAGAAUGUCGAUUACAGCAGGUCGUGUAAUUCCUUGCAAAGCUGCUGUAGCAUGGGAAGCAGGGAAGCCUUUGGUAAUAGAGCAGGUGGAGGUGGCCCCACCCAAGGCCAUGGAAGUGAGGAUCAAGAUCAAGUACACUUCUCUUUGCCACACUGAUCUCUAUUACUGGGAGGCAAAGGGUCAUACACCAUUAUUUCCUCGCAUCUUCGGCCAUGAAGCUGCUGGGAUCGUAGAGAGCAUGGGUGAGGGUGUGACAGACCUUCAAGUUGGAGACCAUGUGCUCCCUGUAUUCACUGGGGAGUGCAAGGAGUGCGCUCACUGCAAGUCUGAGGAAAGCAAUAUGUGUGACCUUCUCCGAAUAAACACAGAUAGAGGAGUGAUGCUUAAUGACGGGAAAUCUAGGUUCUCAAUUAAUGGGAACCCUAUUAAUCACUUUCUUGGCACAUCAACCUUCAGUGAGUAUACAGUUGUCCACGUUGGUUGCCUCGUGAAGAUUGAUCCUUUGGCUCCUCUUGACAAAGCUUGCAUCCUCAGUUGUGGCAUUUCAACAGGUUUGGGGGCUACUUUAAAUGUAGCUAAACCGAAGAAGGGUUCUACAGUCGCCAUCUUUGGAUUGGGAGCUGUAGGCCUCUCUGCUGCUGAAGGGGCAAGGAUUGCUGGUGCAGCGAGAAUUAUUGGGGUCGACAUGAACCCCAAAAGGUUCGAGGAAGCCAGGAGGUUUGGUAUCACUGAAUUCGUGAACCCUAAAGAUCACAACAAACCAGUGCAAGAGGUGAUCGCAGAAAUGACCAAUGGAGGAGUGGACCGCAGUGUAGAGUGCACGGGCAAUGCCAAUGUCAUGAUUUCUGCCUUCGAAAGUGUUCAUGAUGGAUGGGGUGUAGCAGUUCUAGUGGGAGUCCCCAGCAAGGAUGCAGUUUUCAUGACCAAGCCCAUAAAUUUCUUGAAUGAGAGGACUCUUAAAGGAACCUUCUUUGGUAACUACAAGCCUAGGACAGAUCUCCCAUCCGUCGUGGAUAUGUACAUGAGAAAGGAACUGGAAGUGGAGAAGUUCAUCACACAUAGGGUCACUUUCUCAGAGAUAAACAAGGCCUUUGAUUACAUGAUUAAGGGGGAAGGUCUGCGGUGCGUUAUUAGUAUGGAAGAAUAGGUAAGGGGUCUGAUGGACUACCAACAGUAGUACAAGAAAGUCUUAAGGUUUGAUGCAUGUCUUAUAUAAGCUAGUACACCAUUUUGGGUGGUAUUGCACACUUGGGUGGUCACUCAUAUGGGGUUUUAUGUUGUCCUGCAAAAUGUCUGUUUAUUUGGUGUUUUCUGAUAAUAAGUGAAAGAGCAGCAUCACAGAGGUGUGAAAUGCUCCACAUGAAACAUAAAUAGAGAUGUAGAAUUUAUUGGAGUUUCCCCUAA